UCUGGCUGCAUUUUGUUUUAAAUUCAAAAGGAAAGAUGAAUUUAUGGUUCAUCCGCAUUAUUGGGACCCACUUGUGUAAUACAUAAUUUGAUUGGAUGAACGUGUGUCACAGCGUUUAGCAAACCAAUCACGUUCAAACAUGCAGUCUUUUAAAAGAAAACACCCGUGUCCUGUUUCGUAUUCAGUAGCCAACAUGGCUGACGCGAAGGUUGAAAUUUCAGCCGAAUAGGUUAGUUCGGUUAGUUGCAAAUGUAAAUCCCAGAAAAACAUUGCAGCGGUUCUAUUUAAAUUUGUGAUUUCAUAAAGCGGCUGUGUUAGCACUGAACAUGGAUGAAAGUUAUGAGAAAACAUUGUGUCGUUUAUGUGGCAUCAAACUUGAAAAUUCUGAUGCUCUGAAUAUUUUUGAAGAUUCCUCAAAUCUGUCAGAAAGGAUAAACCAGCUGCUGCAGAUAAUGAUAUCUCCAGAUGAUAAAUUCUCAAAAUGCAUAUGUUCUACUUGUUACAACAAAGUUAAUGUUUUACAUUCGUUUUCAAACUUAUGUCUGAGUUAUGAAAAACAGUUGCAUACUACUGCAAAAACAGAAGAAUUGAAUAAUGUAGAAGGUAAUAAAAUUGAGGAAGAAAACGACUUUUGUAAAAAAUUAAGCGAUGCAGUGUAUUUGUGUCCAAACUGUAAUGUUAGUCUGGUUAUUUUAUUAGAAAACAGUCCAGACGGUUGUGAAAGUAAUCUACAAAUCUCAUUAGCAAAUGUAGAAGAUCUGACCACGACUAAUGACAUCGUAAAAGAUUACCAAGAAAGAUUUCAAGAAUAUGGAAGUGUGAAUGGAUCUGAAGAAACUGUAGAGGGAAUAGCUAAAGUUAACUCAAGGAAACGUGAGUUGAUCACAUCAGAUAUAACAGUAGAAGAAAGUAAUAAUGACGAAGCAAUUAAUACCGUAGUUGAAAUUGAUCAAAAGUCCAUUCAAGAACACUGUAAAAGUUCAAAAAGGAUGCGCUAUAAAAAGAAUACAUUGCAAGUUUUACCUGCCGAACCAAAUUUUGCAGAAAAUGAUGUCAAUUCAUCUUCCGUUUUAAAACAGGAAUCGGCUGAUGAAAUGCAGCUUGAAUUAACAUCAUUUGAUCAGAGUCAUGAUCAGGUGCAGCAAAUCAUAAACACAACUGAAGAAAAUGAUGAAUUAAUCGACGCAAAUUUAAUAGAUGACAGCGUCGUUAGUAAAUUUGAUUCAAAACUGACGUGUGAUCUAUGUGGAACACGCUAUGUCUCACAACUGAAGUACGAGUUCCAUAUGGAAAGGCACAAGCGAGGAUGUAUAGAUAAUUUUACAUGUCCCCUUUGCGGAAAAGAGUCAGGCACUGAAAAACUGUUAUGGAACCAUUACUUUUAUAUUCACAAGUGCGCACAGCGUUAUGUCUGUAAAACUUGUGACAGGAUGUAUACAAGAUUGUCAAAAUUAAAAUUACAUCAGGAUAAGUUUAAUCACGAGGGUAUAACUGAAAUCAGUGUCAAUAGGGAUACCAACGAUAUAGUUAGCGAAUCGAAAAAGGUAUUGGAAGGAGUCACUUCUGCUAACUGCGUGCUCUGUGGAAGCUUAGUUACCGAUUUAGAUCCAGAAGCGAUAAACGAUGCCGUUAGUUGUACCGCUUGUGAAGAUUAUGCGUUUUCAUUAAUGGUUCAUACAGGUGGAAAAGAGGUUGUGUCACGCAGAGAAUAUCGUUGCUCUCAGUGCUCCAAGAGUUUCGGUCGAAAAGAUAGGUUGGAAUUUCAUGAGAUGAGGCAUAAUGAAGAUAUGAACGAAUUUGUCUGUAGCAGUUGUGGAAAAGAAUUUUCCACUGAGCACGCUUUAUAUGAACAUUAUCUUUUUGUUCAUAAACAGGCUAGACCCCACAUGUGCGAAUUGUGUGGAAAAUCAUUUCAGCUCAAAGCUAGAUUAAAAGACCAUCUACGAUCGCACACUGGGGAAAGACCAUUCCAGUGUGACGUAUGCGGCCAGCGAUAUGCAACUAAUAGUGCAUUAAAACUUCAUAAAAAGACGCAUAUUGCUUUUAGACAUUUUACAUGUCAAAUUUGUAACAAGACAUACAGAAAGAAACAAAAUAUGAACGAACACCUAGAAAGACAUUGGAGAAAUGACAGCAGUAUAUUCUUACCUCAGGCAUUCAUUUGUCCAUUUUGUUCGGAAGGAUUGCCAACAUAUCGUACACUGAAGUUCCAUAUGAUGGAGAUGCACAGAGUAGAAAAGGGAGAUCCAAUAUUAUCCGAUCAGAAACCUUGGUACGAGUGCGAGAUAUGUCAUGAAAAGUUCAAGCAUCAAAUGUCACUGAAGGCUCACAGAGAGAGAAUACACGAAGGAAAAGUAAAUCCUUUAUUUCAAUGCGAUAUAUGCAAUGUAACGUAUAAGGUCAAGCAACGCCUUGAAAAUCAUAUAAAAAAUAAACAUAUUGGAGAAAGAAGAUAUAAAUGUGCUCAGUGCGGUAAGGGGUUUUGCGAGACUAAAUCUUUGCACAGUCAUGUUUUACUUCAUACUGGUGCAAAGCCGUACAUGUGCAAGUAUUGUGGCAUGUCUUUUAGACGAAAAGAUUCUCAAGACCAGCAUCAUAAAAAGCACGCUGAAGAACAACUUUACAAGUGUAAGGUUUGUGAAGAAACAUUUUGUACCAUGAAUGAUCGUAGCAAACACAUGAAACAAGAACACGAGAAAGCAGACUCCUCGUUCGCUUGUCCUGAUUGUGGAGAACAGUGUUCCGGGCAACGUGAGAUUAGAAUUCAUUUAAACAUGCACCUAGGUGAAAAGUUGCAGAAGCUGCAAGAAUCAUAACUAUCGUUUCUACUCUAUAAUAACGUAAGAGACUCGCCAUGUGAAAGAAGUAUACAGGCAAGUCUUGCCCAGAAUGAAUGAGAGAAAUAAGUAAAGUACAAUUAUCCAGACACAGCAUUGUUUACACAUCCAAUCAUUAUUUUGGUGUACAGGCAUGUAUAAAUGAAUGCUGAUAUCUUGCCUUGAAAUCAGUAGAGUACUUUGCGAAUGAAAUUACCAUGUGUGGAACAAUUAAUGUUUACCUGUAUCCAAUGUUGCGAUUCUUUUAAAUUAUUCAAACUGAAUGUACACUCACGACAGUGGUUAUUUUACAAUUUUUUAUCCUUGACUAGCUGUUCAAGAAUUAACCAAUUCUGUGGGUAUACCAUUAAGCAGUUAAACAUCUUAAUAUACUCUGUGUAUACAUAUUUCACAUCCCUAAUUUCCAACAUGUACUCAUACAUGUAUAUGUUGUACAUACAUACAAGCAACUAUCGUGUUCAUAAUUAAGAUUACAGGUAUAAAUUGAGCAUUGCCGCUAUUAAGUUGUUACAAGUAUAGAAUGUUUACUGUCUCUUAAUACUUAGAGUUAUACUUACUAAUUGUCAGUGCGAUUUAUUUUUCAAACACUCUAUACUUAUGCAUGUCAAGUAAUAAUCUCUCCUGGAUUGCCUUAAGUACAAUAAACAGGUAACAAAUGUGACUAUAUAAAUAUGCUGUAAUUCUUUUUCAAGUAGCACAGGAGUACAAUAAGAUAUUCAUUUUUUUUCUCAAAGUCUCACUCCUGUUUUUAUACUUCCAUAUAUUUAGGACAGUUCAAAUCAUGGGCCAAAUGUUGGAUUCUUUUUUCUAACGAAUACACUUGUACAAAUACAUUCUUACAUAAGUAAUACCAUCAUCA